AUGCCCAGUGCCAACCUGAGUGUUAUAAUGGCCUACAAGCAGCUGUGGGUCACCCUUUGGGAUCAGCCUCAUAUUUGCAUAAUCCACAAAAAGAUUAAUGCCUACAUCUGGCAAUCAUCCUUGACUUCUAAUGUGGCAAUGUCUGACAUUGAAAAUGAAGAUUUUACCUCUGACUUGAUAUGUUUGGCAAUCACAAAUGUAGUGUGUAAGGAAUCCAACAACUUUCCUGGACAUCCAACUACUGACUACAAUCUCAUCAAUAUUUCAGAUAUUCCUGGACAAGUCACCCCCACUCCAUUCACAAUCACUCCUUCAGCACCAGCCAUCCUAAUGCUUGCCCCUGGAAAUACUACCACUGCUCCCAAUCCUCCAACCUUCUUGCUAGCUAUUCUAGCACCAGGACCACCUGUAGUGUCUGCUGCCACUGCAGCCUCUGAAGUCCCUUCAGCAGCUGCUGUUUGA